AAGUGAGUGCAACACUCGGGUGCUUUUAAAAAAUUUAGCAGCGUUCUUCCAUCUCUAUACUCCAUACUCAUAUAUUAAUGUUGAUCCGUGUUAUGCGCGUCCAUAGUUUGUUCGCCGUCUAUUGUAUCUGUAGUGACACAGGGUCCACAGGGGGUAUCAGUGCGUAAAAAAACGCCAUAUAAAAUAAAACUAAUGAAUAAAUAGUGCAUGAAAAAAAAAAAAACUAAAGCUAAAAAUGAAUUUUAUCAUUAAGGAUUUACAAGUGUGGUGACCGUACGCGACACAAGUCUUGCUGGUGUGGUGAUAAGUAAUAAGGAGCAGAGAAAAGGUCGAAUAAUAGAUACAUAAAAAAAAGGAGGAGAAUGAGGAAGAGGACGAUGGGGAAUUGGCCGCUGGAUCUCGUUAUCGGGAUUAGUGUAGUCCUCGGGUGUAUUGGAAUAACGGGCGGAACGACAGCAGCACUUGAAGUACAGGAAGAGCUUAAACAUCAUGGUAGAUGUGAAGCAAUAACAAUUAAUUUAUGCCUUCAUUUGCCUUACAAUGAAACGAUAAUGCCAAAUUUACUGAAGCAUCAAAAGCAGGAAGAUGCUGGUCAGGAUAUACAUCAGUAUGCACCUCUGGUAAAAGUACACUGCAGUCCUGACUUACGUUUUUUCUUGUGCUUGAUGUAUGCACCAGUUUGCACUAUUCUAGAAAAACCAUUGCCACCUUGUCGGUCUAUUUGCGAACGUGCUAGAGCCGGAUGCGAACGGAUAAUGAGAAACUUUGGGUUCCAAUGGCCACCGAGUCUCGAGUGCUCAAAACUUCCUGAGUACGGGGACCCUAAUGAAUUGUGCGUUGGUAAUAAUGAGACAUCAUCAUCAUCCAGGUUGUCUACGACUGUCCAGCCGCCUCAUAAACUGAGACCUGCUUGGAAUGAUGGGCAAAUUUCGUAUGCUGGGAACCCCAUCGCCGUGUCAGAGUAUGAAAAUCGUAAAUUUGUUUGUCCUGUUCAAUUUCACGUACCUGACAGCUAUGGGUACUCGUUGAACUUCAAAACAAAACCAAUUCCAAAUUGCGCGGCUCCAUGCAAUGAAAUGUUUUUUACCGAACAAGAAAAACAAUUUGCGCGAGUCUGGAUCGGUACUUGGGCAUCAAUCUGCGCAGCAUCAUGUUUUUUUACAUUCCUCACAUUUCUUAUUGACACCGACAGAUUUAGUAGAUAUCCCGAGAGGCCGAUAAUAUUUUUAUCAGUGUGCUAUCUGAUGGUUGCACUGGUAUACGUUGUGGGUUGGGCAGCAAAAAAUAACAUCGCCUGCAGACAACCUCUCCCACCCCCAGAUAAUAUGCAACAAGUGCAAAUGGUAUCAACGAUAACGCAAGGAACUAAACACGAGCUAUGUACUCUACUAUUUAUGGUACUUUAUUUCUUCGGGAUGGCAUCAAGUAUAUGGUGGGUUAUUCUUACACUCACGUGGUUCUUAGCUGCUGGAUUAAAAUGGGGGCACGAAGCUAUUGAAGCUAAUUCACAGUAUUUUCAUCUUGCUGCUUGGGCAGCUCCGGCUAUCAAAACAGUCACUAUUUUAGCUAUGGGCAAAGUUGACGGUGAUGUACUUUCCGGAGUAUGCUACGUGGGAAUAUGGAAUGUUGAUGCCCUUCGAGGUUUCGUUUUAGCUCCCCUAUGUGUCUACCUCGUCCUAGGAACGGCUUUCCUUUUAGCAGGAUUCGUCUCACUCUUCCGUAUUCGCACGGUGAUGAAACACGACGGUACCAAAACAGACAAACUUGAAAAACUAAUGAUAAGAAUCGGUAUUUUUUCCGUUUUGUACACCGUUCCAGCGUUGAUUGUCAUCGCCUGUUUAUUUUACGAGCAAGCUUACUUCGAUGACUGGAUGCUAACUUGGCAUGACGAUAUGUGCAGAGGACAAUUGACUAAAUCUUACUACUCAAUACCGUGUCCAUUCAGUAAAGGACCACCCGAACCAGUACGCCCUGAAUUUCCGGUAUUUAUGAUUAAGUAUUUGAUGGCAAUGAUUGUAGGUAUCACUAGCAGCUUUUGGGUCUGGUCUAGCAAAACUCUCACCAGCUGGAGACAGUUUAUAAAUCACAUACGUGGUCGUCGCGUCGAGGCCUACGUUUAAUUAACAAAAAGACUUGCAAUUUUUCAUUUAUGACAAUAUUGAUAUAUUUUCAAUUAACUUUUUUUUUAAUAUCCACGGCUAUACUUUCGUGAUUAAUUUACUUUAUAUUUAAAUCAUAACUAUUCAAUUAUUAAUCAUCAAUUACUCAUUAGUUUUAUUUAUUUUUAUUGAUUAUCUUUAUUAUCAAUCAUUAUUUUAAUCAAAAUCAUUUAACGCACGUGCUGUGAUCGGGUUUCUGUUAAUCUAAAUUAUUAUUAAUCUCCAACAAAAGUCAAUCACUAAAUUAUCUUUAGCAUCGUGCCAAUUUAUUUAAGCUCGUAUUCAUUAAUUAUUUAACUAUAACUACUGUUAUUAUUAUUAUUAUUAUUAAUAAUUACAAUUACAUUUAAGUAAAAUUAAUUCUCAAGAGACAAUUAUCGAAAUGAUGAUUGAAACAGAUCUGUUACAAUGCUCAAAAUUUCAAUAUAUAUACUCAUUUUAUAUUAAUACUCAAUACGUCCAUUAAAGGCAUUUUGAUUUGUGUCUCCACUUUUCAAAAAUUUUCAAUAACUCAACUGCCAUAAAUGUAUUUUAUUGUAAAAAAUUUUUCUAGGAUGUACAUUAAUAAUAUAUAGAUAUACCAGCAAUAAUAAUUUAAACUCGGAUUAAAAAUAAACCUGGUUUGAAAAACUGGCCCUUAUAUUUAAGAAUUAAAAAAAAAUUACAGUUGUUAUCAAUUAGGAGUCAAAAAAAA